AUGAGACCCUUUACUAACUCCUUCCUCACUGUGCUCUUAGUUGCUUCCCGGGCCUUAGCCACUUGUGUUGAAGGUCAUGAAGAGAUUAUUGGCCCCAACUAUGUUGUUAAGCACCUGUGUGACUACUAUCGUGGAGGAACUCUUUAUAAAGAGAUUGGAUCUGCUCAAGACUGUGCGACGCUGGCCAUGAACGUUAGCGCCAUUGCAUCCACUUACCAUAUUGACAAGAAGCAAUGCCUCGUUGCUGAUAUGGAAGGAGAAAAGGAAGGCAAAAUCUCGGGCACUAUUUUUAUGGUCAAGGUUGAAGAUGAACCAUUCCCGAGAGGCCCGAAUGACAGGGAUCCUCUCCCUACGACCUGCGAGGAGGACAAGAACUUGUGCCUUGCACGCGAAGCUUCCCUGUAG